CUUCGUCCUUCCCUGCGCGUGUGUCGUUGUUGUUGUCGGUGACGCGGCGGAGGUGUAGCCUGACGCGGUCUCUUACGUGUCGGCCCGAAUAAAAAGUGGAGCUCCGAGGGCUCGCGAGUGACGGAAGGAGCGUGUAUCGAUAACUCGAUGACCAUGGAGGUGGGAGUGGAGGCCCAGCAGGGUGCAGACACAGCUGUGGCUGAGACCGAGGCCCAGCAGAUCACCCAGGCCCAGAUCGCCACGCUCGCUCAGGUGACUGUGGGUGCAGGACACACCACCGCCGCCACCCCCACCGUCACUCUGGUGCAGCUGCCUAAUGGGCAGACAGUGCAGGUACACGGAGUGAUCCAGGCAGCACAGCCCUCUGUCAUCCAGUCCCCACAGGUGCAGGCUGUCCAGAUCUCUACAGUGGCCGAGAGUGAGGACUCGCAGGAGUCCGUGGACAGCGUGACCGACUCUCAGAAACGUCGAGAGAUCCUCUCCAGGCGUCCUUCUUACAGGAAGAUUCUGAACGACUUGUCGUCCGACGCCCCGGGAGUCCCGAGAAUCGAGGAGGAGAAAUCCGAGGAAGAUGCUGCACCUGCCAUCACUACGGUUACGGUGCCAACCCCCAUUUAUCAGACCAGCAGUGGCCAGUACAUCGCAAUCACACAGGGCGGAGCCAUCCAGCUGGCCAAUAACGGCACAGACGGAGUGCAAGGUCUGCAAACGCUAACCAUGACGAACGCGGCGGCUGCGCAGCCAGGAACCACUAUCCUGCAGUACGCCCAGACGAGCGACGGCCAGCAGAUCCUGGUGCCCAGCAACCAAGUUGUGGUCCAAGCUGCUUCGGGAGAUGUGCAGGCGUAUCAGAUUCGCACAGCGUCAGCGAGUACCAUCGGCCCUGGAGUGGUCAUGGCCUCAUCGCCUGCUCUGCCCAGCCAAGGAGGUGCUGAGGAGGCCACACGCAAACGAGAAGUGAGACUCAUGAAGAACAGGGAGGCAGCCCGGGAGUGUCGCCGGAAGAAGAAGGAGUACGUGAAGUGUCUGGAGAACCGCGUGGCUGUUUUGGAGAACCAGAACAAAACUCUGAUUGAGGAGCUGAAAGCUCUCAAAGACCUGUACUGCCAUAAAUCCGAGUGACGUCCUCAUCCAUGUUUAUCCUUGGUGGACUUCAGUGUACAAAGACUGUGUGUGAGCUGUCCCUAGAAGGAACGCAUGUUUUCUAAAUAUACUUUUAACAAAAGCAAAAAAGAAACAAAAAAACGCUUCAGACUGCCUGGAAAUUUCCCGUGAACACACUGGGGCAUGAACCCCAAAAUCUCUGCACCACCCGAUCAUGUCUUUACAAAGAAAUCGAGUGGUGUUGAAGGACUUGAAGAAUUCCAUGAAUCAUUUUUUUCCUCUCAUUAAAAUUCCCGGGUUCACGUUAAUGUUGGUUUAGAAACAAGUUUUAAAAAUCUGGAUAUAUUGUAAAAGGUGCAAGCGACACACUCAUGCUAUAUAAUAUAUCUGGACAUCUCUGGACAUUGAGGGACAGUUGCAGGAACGUAUACGUUGGAAUGAGCACCGUUUUUUUCCUCGAGCGUCAGAUUUUCAGCUAUAUUCGUCCGACUGUUACUAAUAUUUGGUGUCAAAUGUUGGUUUUCUUUUAUUAUUAUUAUUUUUUGCCUACACACAUUUCUACUGUAAAAUAUUAUUUAGAUUAUUUACAUUUGAUGCCUUAUAAAAACAACUGUAUGAAAACAGAUCGAAAGAAUUUAAGGCAUUUAUAACUGAUACUAUUUGUAUUGUCUAUAGGAAACUAUAUUAGUCAUCUACAUUCUGAUUUGACUUGCGAUAUCUACAGUUUUGUUAAGCCAACAGCCGUCCACUGCUCCGGCUCCGCCCACCAUCUUUCUCAUGGAUAUUAAACAUUUAAUUUAUAUAACACAUUUUUUUUUUUGCGAUCCCUGUACCUUGCAGAAUAAACAUUCCUCAUCGUCGGGUUUUUCUUCGAGGAUUUAAGCACUUUUCCACCUCGGAGUCAAAUUGUAUUCGCUCCAAUUUCUGGUUCCUCUGAGGACGGACUGAGGAGAGACGACCCAAAAGGUUUAAUAUGUAUGUGCAGUUUGGAAGUAGCUAGGUUGCUCAGCUAAGGGUGUGUGUGUGUGUGUGUGUGUGUGUGUGGGUGUGUUUGCAGAGCUAACGGGAUGUGGGUGUACUGAUCUGGGCUGCGUCUGUUCCACUCGAGCACAAAGUGAUCCAGUGGGCUUCAUUCUGGAAUUUCGUAUUGAAUAAAGAGUGAAAAAAGAAACGGUUAAAUAUUUUAACGUUUUUUAAACGUCAAGGACUUUUUCAUUUUUUUUAUAUACACAGUUAUGUUACCUUUUGGUUUGUCCCCAGACGAUCGGACUAAUGACUAGCAUCGUGUAUAAGUAUUAUUAUCUGUCAUUACAGCAUGUUUCAACUUGUUUUGUAUAUCCAUUUUUUUUAACUUUGAUAUCGCUGUGGUUAUUUUUGCAUUAUGUCACCACAAUGGAUAUGGAUUCUGUACUGUACGUCUUUGUAUUUAAUGCAUCAACACAUAUAUAUAGGGUACAAAUAUAUGUUGUUAGUCUACCAUGACUGUUGCAUUUUCGGCAGCUAUUUCAUAUAAAACAAGUGCGUGGAAACCAGCGCUGUCAUUUGUUGUGUUUUUGCUAUUUUUUUCCCCAAACAGAAAGAAAACGAAACAUAACGGUUAAAAAAAAAAAAAACAGUGAGACGCUAUGAUCUUAAAUUAAGUCGCUGUUACCGUUAUGGUGUUUUAUUCCUUUUGUACCACAGCAAUCAAUUUUCGAUUGAUUAUUUUACGAAGAAAAAAAAAAAACAUUAUAUACUUAUGUGGUUAUAUUUACAUUUUAUGUAUGUGCACUGAAUGCGUUAUAGCAGUCAUGAACUCAAAUGAAAUUGUGAUUAUUUAA